UCACACGAGCUGUUCCGAAUGCUAAAGACAGUUACUUCCGGUUUGGCUCGAAGAAAUUCGCGGGAAAUAAAGAGAUCGUUUUCAUUGUCAUCUCUACUGAUUUGACAUUUGUCAUCAUAUCAGUGGAUCACGUGUCAUUAUAUCAGGAGAGAGACAUAAACACUGGAAUUAUUAUAUAUUUUUACAACAAGACCCGAAAAUCAUGGGAAACGAAACUAGUCAAAACACCUCUUAUGGCGACAGCAUUGACAAUGACAUUGUCAUCCGAUCGAAGAAAGUAUCAAGUGAAUUUCCUGCGAGAGAGGGACAGAUUUGUUGUGUGUCAGGCACAAGGGUAUACGCCUUUGGUGGCGUGUCCCAACAUGGGGAAGAACUCAGAGAGUCAAAUGAUCUCACAGUAUUUGAAACAGAGAAACAAGAAUGGACCAAACUCGUGGUUAAGGGAUGCCCUCCGCCCCCACGUACUGCAGCCGCCAUUGCCGCUGUCGGACACAAACUCUAUCUCUUCGGAGGACUCAGUCACGCUUUUGGCUGGUUUGAUGACUUAUAUUGUUUUGAUGUUGCUACCAACACAUGGUCGGUGGUAUCUGCAGACGGUCCCAAGCCACUUCCCAGGGACAAGCUGCAGUGUGUGGCCUUGGGCAAGAAGAUCUAUUACUUUGGGGGAUUUGGUCCCAAGUCAGCAGAUGCAGACCAGUUAGAGAGUGAGGAUGAUGAGUCGGAGGAUGAAUUACCUGAUGGCGGUGCAGAAUUUGGAUGGUUCAACGAUCUCUACGUGCUUGAUACUGAGAAGAAUCAGUGGUCCCAGCCAAUGCAGAUGAACCUGGCUCUCCCAACCCCGAGGGCAGCUCAUGCCAUGUGCGUCGUCGACAGAGACCUCAUCAUCUUCGGGGGUCGUGACAUGGAUGCCCGCCAGAAUGAUUUGCAUGUCUUCAAUGUCGACACACGGAAGUGGGCUACUGACCUGCAGGUGAAGGGGAGACAACCAGAGCCCAGGUCCUUCCACACGGCCUUCAGUGUGGGGAAGCGUGCUGUCAUCAUGGGAGGUCGGGGAACCGGGAACCAGCACUUCGCUGAUAUCCAUAUUUUCGACACGGAAACUCGAGAGUGGCUGCAGCCGACGUGCGAGGGGGAGCUCCCUGAGGCUAGAGGGCAGCACUCCGUGGCAGUAGCAGGGGACAAACUGAUUGUGUUUGGGGGGUCCGGCAAAUACAGCGACGAGACCAUGCAGUGCCAGUCACACUUCACUGAUACAUUCAUCAUGGAUGCUGCUGACUUUACAAAAGGAGGAGCUAAGACAAAACAGAACGGAUCUGCAGCGGCAAAUGGUGCGAGUUCGUGAACAUAAACCUUCAGUGUGCACAAAUAUGUCAACGAUAAGGCAGCCAUGUUUACAAACACUAUGCAUAAUGUUCAGGUCUCAAGCUUCCCAUCAACAUCGAAAGACUGCAUAACAUCGUCACUCAUCUUUACCUCGGCUUCCAUCAAUCCGAAGUCUCAUCUUGGUCAGCACUGGAAGGAAUACAUAGAACUAAUUCCUUUCACAUGACAACCAUGCUCCAGUCAAUUCUGUUGUUAUCUUGGAAAUCAGUAUGCCUCAGCACUGAUAAGCAUACAAUAUUAUGUUUCAAGAUCAGGAGUCAUUUUUUAAAUUUUAUACAGAUCUGGAAGUUCCAGGGGAAUUAUGAGUUAUCACUGCUCCAGUGCUCCUGAAAGUAGAAUACAUGGACGAAAGUGUCAUCUGUAAAAGGGAGACUCGUACAACCUCGGCUGCUUAACAUUGCAAAUUAAUUGCCCAGGGGAGGCUUCUCUCUUACUGAGAGCUUGUAUAAGACCAAUUGUCAAGGGGUACAACUCAUUGUCUACCCUGCAUAACACCCAUGUCAAAGGGAGACUACUCCUACAAGUCCAAUUACAUUAUCAUGUAUCUGUCAAAGGGAGACUACUCCCACAGGGACAGCAACUCUCCCCUAUAAAUGAAGGUGCAUAAGAUUGUUAUUCAUCACCACUCUCCUACGAUGCCUUGACAUGUGAAUUGAUGCAUAUUAUGUAUCCAGAACGAGACUUACCUUUCUCAAAGGUAUGCGAAUUAUUAUUGUAUAUGUGGCUAUAUUUUAACAUGGUUAACGUGGAUAAUUUACAUUUAAAAUUAUUGUGGGUUAUAAGAUGCUUGGAUAAAUUAUGUUUGAGGUUCCAUACCCUCUUCCAUAUGUACCCCUACAAGGGAACAUUCAUUCAGACUCUCAUUAAGCUGAUGGUAAGGCAAUGUCAUGAAAUAUUAAGAGCACUUGGAAAGUUGUUCUGCAGACUUUUAACAUUCUGAACUCCAACUUGCUUAACUGUAUUGAAAAUAGUGUUAGGAUAUUUGGACAAGGUCAAACAUAAAGCUGAAACUGUACUGGAAAGAAAUUUUAUGACAGUUUUUUUUUGUCUGUUACUCAAAUAUUUGGAGCACUACAUUUCUUUAUCAAACUUUUCUCUUUAUUGGGUGGUCCAGGCAUCGGAUGGUGUAGAACAUAUCGUGUAGACUAUCAGCUCUGUUGUAGAAAUAUAUUUGUUUUUCCAUAGACUCGUACAUAUUUAAAGCAGUUGAAAUGACAACUUUUGAACGUUUCUUGGUAUGAUGAUAAUGAUGUAUGAACUGAAGUCAUAAUUAUAUUUGUCUGAACGCGAAGUCAACAAGUUGCAUUGUUGAAAUACAUUGUGAACUUAGUGCUAAAAGUGGUGGCUAUUAUUGAUACAAUUUGUCAAUUUACUUGUUUACCACAUAUGGAAUUCCUGUGUUCUUGAAACCAUGAAUUGAGGUAUAGAAAGUUCAUGUGUUCUGAUACUACAAGUGUGCUGUGCCAAGUUGGGCUGUUCGUGGGUUUAGGUUCAAAUCCCAGCCCCAGUUUGAUCCAUGGCAGGGGUUUAUUUAGACCUACUCGGAGGCCCAUCUUCAGCCCCACGUCUACAGCGAAUGUCAAUAAAAAUUCCCAAAGUUGGAAUUAAUAAUCAUUCAGUUCUUGUUAAUUUAGUUAUAGUGAGUGAGCUGGGUUUAACACCGCUUUUAACCUUAUUCCAGUUUUAUCACAGUGUGUCAGCUUAAUGUGGGAGGAAAGCCCGAAGUGGUGCCGGUCCCUGGCAUUUACCACUUCGGUG